UCCAUCUCUGCGCCGCGCGCUCCCCGUCUCCUCCCACUCCUCGGCGCGAGUGACAAGACCGCGGCCACCUCCUCCGCGCUCCACGAGAGACGCUGCCUCCGCCUCGUCUCCGCUAUCCACGACUGACGCCGCCCCUGCCUCGCCUCAGCUAUCCUGGAGGCUCGACGGUGGACGGGGAGGCCGGGGUCGGGACUGGGAUGCGGGGAAAUCUCAUCUCCCGGGGGUCGGCUGCGGGGUUAGAUUCCCGUUGCCAUCCCUAAUCCGAGUUCGAGCAUGUGUACUGGAGCCGGGCUUCUAGGCGGGUGACGGACAAGGUGAAAAAACAUGAUUUUUAUUGCUUAUUCUUCCGAUUCGGAUACGAAUCGACGGUCCAUUAAUACAGGAGCCGGUGCGCGCCUUGAUUGUCAUCCAUGGGGCGCACCGCCGUACAGAAGGGGAGACAGGGUAUGUCAAAGCGCAAAAGAUCGGAGGAGAGCGGCGACCGCGCCGCUAAGCGGCCGGUGCAGGAGCGGAAACAGCAUCUGUACCUGCUGCUGGACGACUGGGAGAGGGGCUACAGCGUCCGCAGGUUGGACGCCGACGCCUUCGACUCCGACGCCGACACUGACCUGCCGCCGAAGUGGUUCACAGAGCCGCCGCUCGCCCGCAUCGAAGCCCCUCACGUGAGGUCCUGGAACUUCGUCUCCCACGGCACCAAGAUCUUCGCCAUGAAGGCCAAAGAAGCCAGCCCCGCCAUCCCGGCCUUCGACACCCACACGCUGAGUCUGACCAUCUGCCCGUGGCCUUCCUGCCACGCGGACUACGUCAUUCCCCUCUUCGUUUCCGUCGGCGGCAAGCUCUUCUUGUUCCUGGAAGACCAAACCGAGUACCUUGGUGACCCGCCAUCCUACAACAGCAAGGCCCCGUGGUCCUGGACCAUCAUCAACUCGCCGCUGCCAUUCCAUAACGCCCGACUUACCUGUUAUGCCUUGCACCCGGACGGCCGCACCCUCUAUGUGUCCGCCGGUGGCCGGCAGAGGGACCGCUCCGGCACCUUCUCCUUUGACGCAGAGCGCCUCGAGUGGACACACCACGGUGACUGGCUGCUGCCUUUUGACGGCCAAGCCUACUUCGAUGCCGAGUUAGAAGCGUGGGUCGGGCUCUGUGGUAAGAGAGACAGCGCUGGGUACCUCUGUUCCUGUGAUGUCCCACCGGUCGCUGCUGAGUUCACGGGCCCGCCGUCUUGGAAGCUUGGCAAGGACAAGCUGUUCAGCAAGGAGUCAGAGUUGCAUCGGAGCGCCAAGCUCGUCUACAUGGGCGACAGCAAGUUCUGUCUCGUUGAGUCCCUGUUUGACGAGGACGACCGUGGCCCUACUACGGUCGACCACGACGACCACUACCCACAGCGGCGCCGGCGUGUGCUCCGCAUGACCACGUUUGGCCUCAAGUACAAUAAAGCUGGAAACCUGCAGAUCAUGCUGCGACCAGGACAAGCUCAGGCGUGUAUGAUGUUUAAGCGACCUCAUGAUUUCACGGAGUCAUCAAUCGCAUCAUCGGAGCCUUUGGCAUUCUGGAUCUAAGUUUUUAAAAAAUGAAUACUAGCCAGGAACUGAAGACGAGGUGGAACUAUGGAAGAGAGCAUGAUUCAUUCUCUUGGUGUUGUUUGUGUCGGUGGAUUAAAUUAGGUCUUCUAAGUUGUUUAUUGUGAAAUGCUUGGUAUUUAUAUCAAUUUCACUCAGAGAUUUCAGCUUCUCAUGUA